AUGGUCCUCGAAGCCAUCCGCUACAAGCCAGGGAGUCUCUACAUCCUCAACCAGCUCCAGCUCCCACACCAAGAAGAAUAUGACGAGAUUAAGACCGCCGAAGAUGGCUGGCACGCCAUCAAAGACAUGCGCACUCGCGGAGCACCAGCCAUAGCAAUAGUCGCCGCCCUCUCCCUGGCAGUCGAACUCACCCACACCAAGACUUCCAACAACGCAGAAGAAGUCUGCGCCUUCAUCAUCGAGAAACUCAACUACCUCGUCACCAGCCGUCCCACAGCCGUCAACCUCGCCGACGCAGCCGGCAAGCUCAAGAAAAUCACUCAAACCGCCGCCGCCUCCUCCAAGAACGAUGGCGCCGCCGUCUCGAAGGCCUACAUCGACGCAGCAGCCGCUAUGCUCACUGCCGACGUCUCCGACAACAAAGGAAUCGGCCACCACGGCGCAGCCUGGAUCCUCAAGAACACCUCCUACUCCGGCCCCAUUUCAGUCCUAACCCACUGCAACACCGGCUCCCUCGCGACCGCCGGCUACGGCACAGCACUCGGCGUAAUCCGAUCCCUGCACUCCACCGGCUCCCUCCACCACGCCUUCUGCACGGAGACACGACCCUACGACCAAGGCUCCCGCCUCACAGCCUUCGAACUAGUCCACGACAAGAUCCCCGCCACGCUCAUUACAGAUUCCAUGGCAUCUGCUCUCCUCCGUCUAAAGGGUGGUAAGGACCGCAUUGCGGCUAUAGUAGUAGGCGCCGACCGCGUCGCAGCAAACGGCGACACAGCCAACAAGAUCGGAACGUACCAACUCGCCAUCACAGCCAAGCACCACAGUGUGAAAUUCCUCGUCGCUGCACCCCGGACGACCAUCGAUCUGAACACACCCUCCGGCGAAGCGAUCAUAAUUGAAGAGCGCCCAGGGGUAGAAAUGACGAUGCUCAAGGGGCCCAGGUUCGACGGUGUGAAUGUCGAUCUUAGCUCAGUGGAGCAGAUCAGUAUUGCGGCCAAGGGGAUAGAUGUAUGGAAUCCAUCUUUCGAUGUCACGCCAGCGGACCUGAUCGAUGGGAUUAUUACGGAGAUUGGGGUGUUUGAGAAAGAUGGGAGUGGCAAGUUUGAUCUCACGGCUGCGAUGGAGGCGAAAAAUGAGAGCGUUAAGCCUAGCACUGUGGGUGGGCUGUAG